UGGACUUCCUCAUGUUGAUGCUUGCGUUGGUGUCUCCCUAUCCCACCCAGAAUGAAUAAUAGAGGAAUCCCUAUGUUACCUCGUAGAUGGUUGAAAUGUCCGCGUAUGGGAGACAUGAUAUUAGAUAUAUUCAUUCCAUUCAAAACACCGUUGGACAAUAAGUUUGAUCAUUUCAUCGAUCCGGAUGAUGUGUUUCACGUAGACGAUGCAUUCAAAACAGCGGAACCGUACAAACUUGGUCUAAUUAUCGACUUAACAAAAUCUCGUAGGUUUUAUAAUCGACGCGAAGUAACGGAACAGGACUGUAAAUAUUUGAAAAUAGAAUGUAAAGGUAAUGAGGAACGACCAACAUCAGAACAAGUGAAUCUUUUUAUACAAAUUGUUAAUCAAUUUCUCGACAAUAAUACUGGAAAUCAGAAAAUAGGAGUUCAUUGCACUCACGGAUUCAACAGAACGGGAUUUAUGAUUAUUGCUUAUCUCGUUGAAGAGUUGAACUAUGGCGUAGAUAUAGCGGUUCAAAUAUUUUCGGAUGCUAGGCCUCCUGGAAUUUACAAGGCAGAUUAUUUAGAAGAUCUCUUCACACGUUAUGGGUGUAUCGAGGAUUGCCCACAAGCCCCCUCACUUCCUGAUUGGUGUACAGAGGACGAAGAAUACAGUUCACCUACGCCAGCUAAGAGAAAAAACGAAGAAUUGUGUACAAACGUGGAUAAUCAAGAGACAGUUUCCUCAUCAAAAAUAUCACGCCUAAGCGAUCAUAUAGAAGAAAAUGUGCCUUUUAGUGUUCCUACAAGCAAAAGCUUUCCUCCACCGCCUCCAGGAAAUCCAGAUUUUAUGGAAGGGGUUUCUAAGGUUGAUGUUUUGGCUCAGGACAGUCCAGAAGCACAUGAGGCGCGCGAUUUAUCGGACAAACUGUGCAAAAUGGGUGGUUUUUUAUUUAUAGAGGGUCACUUGUUUCCUGCAACCGAUUCAACAUCUGAAAAUGAACAAGAACCUGAGAAUUUAGAAGCAAAUCGCAGCGAAAAGACUUCAAAACCAUCUAAAAGGCCUUUACGUUUUAAAGGUAGUCAACCAGUCUCCAUAACACAACGAAAUAUAGCAGCUCUGGUCAACUCUGAUUAUUGUGUAACGUACAAGGCUGAUGGCACUCGUUAUCUUAUGCUCAUAAUGGGUCCUGGUCGUGUCUAUCUAAUAGAUCGGGGAAAUUUUGUUUAUAAGCCAAAUGUUUUGCAUUUUCCGACGGUAUCGUGGGUUCGCGAAAAUGAAAAACGUGGUCCAAAUUCUGGUCGUCCAGACUUCCUAAAUGAUCCUGAUGGUCACUUGUUUAAUACGCUUUUGGACGGUGAACUUGUACUUUGUCACGACCAUUCUAAACCUCCUAACAUAUCCACAUCAGAAAUAUCUGGAACACCUAGAUUCUUAAUUUAUGAUAUAAUUACUUUAAACAAUAAACCUGUUGGUCGGUCUGCAUUUUUUGAACGUUAUUCGACAAUUGACAAGCAAGUUAUAUGGCCCAGAAAUACCGGUGGUCACUUGGGACUAGUUGACUUUAGUACGCAAUCUUUUUCAGUCAGGCGAAAAGCAUUUCGCGCUCUGCAAGAUACUGAAGAGCUACUCAAACCUGCGUUUUUGCAAAGCUUGGACCACUCAACAGAUGGCCUUAUAUUUCAGCCUUGUGGUCCUGAAGAUUUUUAUGUCCUUGGAACUUGCCCACAAACCUUAAAAUGGAAACCUCCAAGUUUGAACACAAUUGACUUCAAAUGUAAAGUGGAAUAUCAACGAAAAGUUGGUGAAAUUCCGGGUUACAUUGGACAUCUCUUUCUUGGUGGUCUUACGGUGCCAUCUGCCAAGCUUGCACACGUUAGUUCACGUGAUAAAGUUUUAGACGGAAAAAUCGUAGAAUGUAUAUGCGUUCCUGGUGUCGGUUGGAAAGUUCUACGUGUGCGCACUGACAAGACAGAGCCGAACUAUCACAAAUCAGGAGUCGGUAAGUUUUGAUUAUUGAGUUUUUGAUAUUUUAUGAACGUUUAAAAUCAAAUAAAAUAUACACUCGAUUGUCAAAUAGGUUGUAUAUCUAGAUGAUUUAAAAUAAAAAUGAUGUAUUUUAGAUUGAUCAAAUUGUAAAAGUUUAGCUCAAGAGAAAACAGUGCGAUAUAGGUCUAUAGCCUUAUCGAUCGACUUGUCAUUCAUACCUUAGAUCAAACCGUUGCCUAUAUCAUUACUUGCUAAUUGGUUCCACGAUACGUAAACAGUGCUUUGGAGACACUUAUGAUCAAAUACUUGCAACGUACGCAUUCAUUCCACUUCUCACCUAUUUGAGCCACUUGGUGUGAAUGCUAGUGAUGUCUACAGAUAUAAGUAGUAUGUAUCAUCAAUCGGAAGUAAAAUGCGUUGCGGCAGGUUAACAAGAUCGUAGAAAAGAGAAUGAUUAGUGUGAAAACGAAGGAACAAUAAAAUCUGAGACGAUUGAUUGGUAUUUUGCAAAUGAAGUAUUUACUGUAUGGUUCUCAGGUUUUCCUAAGAGAUUCGGUCGUCUCCACUGGUGUUCUCGUUCACUGCAAUGUCACCCAGCCUCCUAAACUGAAGUAGGUGGUACAGAGCUAAUCGAAAGCUGAAUACUUCAAUCAGUAAACAAUUGCUUCAGAAUUUACUUCCAAACAUCAUUUUUUAUAGAUGUAUAUCAAUACAGAUUCGCUUGAUGCACAGUAUACUUGUUUUUUGGUAGACUAGAACAUCCUACUUAUACUAGGACGAAACGGUCGUCCGGUGCUUCCAGGUUUUCAAUACUGGUCUAGCUUAGAUCGACUCAUUCAGUUUUCUCAAUUUGUCAAAAAUCAAGUGGCUUUAACCAUAGUGAUUUUGUCACCCACCGGGACUUUCGAAAUAAGAGAAAUGACCAACAAAAUCACUUCAACAGUUAUGAAAAAAUACUUGAGAAACACAAAGAUGAAUAUGUACUUGAAUUUUUAGCCGUACUCACAGCUAAUGUGACCACUAUAGUACUAAUUGUUAGUUUCUGAGAAAUCGUAACUUUCUUUUACACGAAUGAUGACAGAGAAACCAAUAUCUUCGCAAACGACUGUACCUUGGUAAUACUAAGUUUUACGGGCUCUCCACAAUUAAAUUAUACGUACUCCGAACGGUAAGACUAAGCAUCAUAUCGAAGAAGAAUAGGUGGCUGUCUAGUUCAGUCAUCUAAUAGCUACACAAUAAAAAGGUAAUAAUUCUUUUGACAACUGCAUGGGGCUAUUUAAGAAUGUUAAUAAACAGUAACCAUGUUUUAUAUUUUAUGCUAGCCAUUAUUGAAAGUAUCAUGUAUCCUGUAACAGCUGAGCAGCUGGUUAUGUGUGUUCGACAACGUCAGAACAAGACAAAUCCACAACAACAAGCCUCUUCUUCUCGAGAACCUACUGCAUCACAUCACAAAUAAUGAUCUCAUGGUCUAGAAAUUAUAACCACCUAACUUGUUUGUAAAAAUUGCAUGAUUAUCAGUCGGUUUAGUACAGUAUUUUCUUUCUGAAUUCAAUAUGAAUAUCGUUCAUGUAAAUAUGAGAAUUUUGUAAAAAAUAAUUUGUGUAUAAGAACUGUCGUU